AGUCGGCGACAGUUGUUACAUCUGUAAGCAAACAUGUAUCGUCUAGCUAUACUCGCUCUCGUGGCUUCGGUCACCGCUAACGUCUACGUUGACUCCGAGUGUCCGGAAAUUAAACCAGUUGAGAACUUCAAUCUUGCCUCUUAUGCCCAAGGAAGAUGGUAUGAAACAGCCAGGUAUCCCAACUACGCUGAGAAGAAGGGCAAGUGCGGUUACGCUGAGUACGUUCUUGAUGGCGAUGUUAUCAAAGUGAAGAACGUUCAUGUAGUGGACAACAAGUUAUCCUUCGUCGAGGGUACUGCCAAAUUUGCUGAGGGCGCUGACAGGACCGGAAGACUGCUCUUCACACUCCCCUACGGACCAUCUGGUGCUGGAGUUCAGAACGUUCUAAACAUUCUUGCAACUGAUUACGACAAUUACGCUAUUGGCUACUUCUGCAAAUACAACGAGGAAAAGAAGAACCGUCAAGACUUCGCCUGGGUUCUCACAAGGACGAAGAAUUUGGAAGGCACUGUGAAGACCAAUGUUGAAAACUUUAUCAAGGACACCAAAUUCUUGGACCUUAGCAAGUUCAUUUACCCUGAUUUCUCUGACGCCGCUUGCAACGUCGAAGCCUAAACAAGCCUAAAUCGGGAUUUUUCUCUUUCUGAAGAUCUUCUGAAGAUUAAUAUAGAUCAUAUUUUGUAAUCAUGUUUGUGCAAUAGACCUACUAAUAAAAAUCUUUUAUUUUUGUGUAAUAUUUUUGUUCAUUAUAUAUGUAGGACUAAUCAUUGAAACAAUUUAAUAUACGAGUGUAACUUU